AUGACUGAUAAACAAUCCCUGUUAACAUCAAUAAUUCCAUUUACCGAGCGCCCUGGUACUGACAAGAUCAGUAAAAUUAUUUUAAAACAUCCUUUCGUAAAAAACAUCAUUACAGUUGCCAUUUUGGAUGUUAAUGGUGAUAAUUACAGAGUUGGAGAUGCAGAAUGGCCUGACGGAUCAAGAUCGGACGUUUUAUAUGAACCAUUAGAUAGAUCCCUAAAGCAAUCACCUAUAAUCGUUGAAGUUCAGAGAACAGUUGAUGUCAAUUUCAUGGCAAGAGUUGUUCAUUACUAUGUAAUGGCUUAUCGUCGUUAUCAAGUCUUCCCUGUACUACUGGUAUUCGCUCCCGAACAUGUAUCAAUACCUACUGAAAAUAUGCGCCUAUCAAAUGCUAAUGGUGCUUUAUUACUUAACUGUGAAUAUUGGACCAGAAAAGGAUAUUUGAUCAGACUUAAAGAUGUUUCUACGCUUACCAGCUCAACUGAUCCAUUUGCUGCAGUUUCAAAUUUUAUACUUCAGCAACAGACUAGUUUAUUGGAAAAUAACUCGUUGGAAAAUCUGACUAUUAGACAAUUAUUUUCAAUUGCAACAGAAGUCUUACGAGAAAAUAUUGAUCGAGAGCAACAAUUACUUAAUGUUAUCAACUGUGCUUGUGAUGUGGGAGUUAAACAUUACCAACAAACCCUAGAGAUAGCGGAACGUUUACAAUAUGAUUCCCCGUGUAUUCAAAAUGAAGCUCUACUUGGAAUAUCAAAGUUAAAGCAAGUAAAACGAUCAGCUGACGAUGCGCAUAUUGAUGAGGAGGAGCCAGAAAAUACUCAACUGGUUAGCCAAGAUGAAGAGAGAUUUGAAAACACCAUGGAUUUUGUUCAGCGGUACAAGGAAACUAGAAAUCGAAUGAACUGGCGUGGUUGUCAUGAUAUACUAAAGAAACAAACCAACGUUAUCCAUUACAAAACCUCAGAAGUGUUGCGCACAGUGUAUAACAGAUUCAAGACAAGAAGUUAA